AUGCUCUAUUACCCCCAGCAGCCGGACCAACGAGCCCUCCAUCCCGAGCGGUUAUACACCGCUCCAUUUGAGGCCCAUCACCAGCACCUCUUACAACCGCAGCCUCCUCGCCAUCUCAUCGAUCUCCCAGCCCAGUACAUAGGCCGCAACAACCACAACAACCACCGCCACAACCACCGCCACAACCACCGCAACGACAUGUGCGACAUCUGCUUCGACACGCACGCGCGCGACGCCCUCAUCUCCCCGCCGGGCUGCCUCCACAAGUGGUGCCACCGCUGCCUCGACCGAGUCAUCAAAAACGCCUGCCAGCCGGGCACGUCCGCCUUCCCGCCGCGCUGCUGCGGCGUCGAGGUCUUCGGCGGCGACGCGCGCGUCCGCGGCGCCAUCUCGCUGCUCACGCUCGCGGCGUACAACCGCCGCCAGGAGGAGGAAGAAACGCCGCCCAGGGAGCGCACGUACUGCCACCGGCGGGAGUGCAGGCAGCACAUCCGGGCGUCCGCGGUGAAGACGGUGGGCGAGGGCGAGGACGAGCAGAGGUGCGGCACGUGCGAGGCGUGUGGGGGGAAGACGUGCAUGUGGUGCAGGGACGAGGAUCAUCCGGGGCGGGCGUGCCCAGGGAGGCGCAGAGACGAGGGAGGGAGGCAAGCCGUGUUGAUGGCUGCGGAGAGGAAUGGGUGGAAGACGUGUUGGAAGUGUGGGGUCUUGGUGGAGAAGACGGGAGGGUGUACGUUUGUGAUGUGA